AUGUUUCCGAAACGACACACUCCAUCCAGAUCAAUGGAUGGUGUUUCGACCCUAGCAACAUCAUCCCCUCCUCCAUCAUCCUCACAACAGACAGAAAAUAAUUUGAUCAACUCUCCUAGUAACAACAAUAAUCAAAAGAAUAAUUUUAAUAAUAUUCAUGGUUUAAACCAGAACAAUAAUUUUCAUCAUCAGAGCACAAUAUCACAUCAUCAUACGACAUCUGCAUCAUUGGAUGAAGAAAUUGAAUACUUUUCUCCGAAUUUAAAUGGUUCAACUGUUCAAUUAGCUCCGAGUCCUAUUAAGAAUGAUUAUCGAAAGGAUCCUCAAUUAUCUAGAACCACAAAAGAUGGAGUUCGGUCUCCUUCAUUAUUUACAAAAUAUCCUUCUAUGGAUGCUGUUUUAAUGGCAGAUGAUAAUGGUGAGGCUCACCGAACCACCAACAAGACAAAUUCCGAAUCGGAAAUUUAUGAAAAAUUAUUUGAAGAUGCGGAUGAUUCUUCAUUGCAAACGACCAAUUUUUCAACACCUACCAAGAACAACAACAACAACAACAAACGACACACCACCAAUCACUCGCUAGAUGUCAUGAACAUGCAGCAGACAACAACAACUCCAAAACUACCAAUAUCAACGACAACAAAUUCCUCCACCAUAAGCACACCUCUAACUCCUAAUACCUUUAAUGUACAGUCUUCACCAUCAAUUUUUCCAAAAUCUACUACCAGUAAUUCAACGUCUCCCUUUCCAAAAGUUAAUUCUGCCAAUCGAAAACGUCAAAAUGAGUCAAACACUUCCAUCGAACAUUUCUCAACACCUAACGCAGAAAAAAUUUCAAAUGCUCAAUCUUCAUCAUCACCAAAUGCUAAUGACACUAGCACAAUGGAUAUCUCAGAUUUUGAACAAUUCAAUGCAGAUAAUAUUUUAAAGCCUCUCAAAGCAUCGACCGCAAAACAAUUGCAACAACUUCAAAGUAGUGGAGAGACAACCUUAAACGACACAACCAUGAUUACACGACAAGAGUCGAGGCAUCAGGCUUUAUUUCACCAUUAUCUCGAAGAAAAAGGAGACAUUAGGAGUGCCAUGUUAUUGCUGAACCAAUUUCAUGUGAAACAACAUCGAAUGAAUAUUUUGAAUUUUAAGCUUAAUUCCAUUAAUUUAGUUGCAAAUUUUGCCAACGCUGUCAAGUCUCAUAAACUUCAACUUGAACUACACAAGAGUAAGAAGACAGUGAAUGCGCUACAUUCAAAAGUGGAAGAACUGAAUGAGACUGUUGGUGAUUUAAACGAAGAGGUCGAACAACACAAAUCAUCACUUGCGUCCUUCAUGCAAAAAUACUACAAAACGGUGGAGGAGUUGCAACAAAAUCAAUACAUACAGAAAAUGCAACUCGAAAAUAUUAUUCAAUUGAAGACGAGAGAGGACAUUACAGUGGACUUGCUUAUUUUAAUUGCCUCGUCGUAUAUUGUAAGGAAAAAUCGAACCUUACACCGAUUUUUGAAAUUUGUUUUCAUGUUUUUACCAUUCAAUGGAUUGAUCAUUUUGGUUGCGAAAAUUCUGACUACUAUUGGAUUGAUGCUCAUCUCAAGAAGAGUUGCCAUACGAUUGGGUAUUCAUGCGGGUGCAACAAAUAUCGCUUAUGGAGCCAUUAAGAGUGUUCAAUUUUCCAUUCAUGUCUUGAAAACAUUGUGGAAUCUUUUCCACAUUAGUGAUCGUGGUUCUAGCUUGAAGAAGGAGUGA